CUUAAUAAAAUAAAAAAAACAAUGUCUGAUCGGUACCAGUUAUGGGGCGGAUGUUUCCAAGAAGAGCCUUCGGACGUCCUUCGUCGGCUAAACGACUCCUUAUGCGUGGACGUGCGGCUUUAUCAACAAGACAUCCGGGGAAGCAUAGCUUGGGCCCGCGAACUCAAUCGCUGUGGCUAUAUCACUGAUAAUGAUUAUGAAGCUAUUUACCAAGGUUUAAAAAAGGUAGAAACGGAAAUAUCCGAAGAGUUGUGUAAGAAUGGUCGUCUAAGCGAUGCGGAGGAAGACAUCCAUUCGGUGGUGGAGCGGCGGCUGUGGACGCACGCCGGGGAGGCUGCGCUGCGUCUGCACACUGCACGCAGCCGCAACGACCAAUCCGCCACAAACACCAAGCUCUGGAUGAUGGAUAAUUUAACAAACUUAAUUAGUGAAAUCAAAAAACUUAUAAUGGUAUUAAAAGACCGUGCUGAAAAUGAAAUAGACAUUAUAAUUCCUGGUUAUACACAUUUGCAACGCGCUCAGCCUAUCCGUUGGAGCCAUUUUUUGUUGAGUUAUGCAUGGAUGCUACGUGACGACGUGCUGAGGUUAGAGGAGCAGCAGUGUCGGCUGUCGCGGUGUCCCCUCGGCAGCGGCGCGCUGGCAGGCUGCGCUCUGGACAUAGACCGCGAGAGAUUGGCUCGCAGUCUGGGCUUCGAGUGCGUCACACCUAACUCUUUGUUCGCAGUUGGCUCGAGGGAUCAUAUACUGGAAUUCCUCAACUGGUCAUCGAUGUGUGGCAUGCAUCUAAGCAGAUUAGCGGAAGAUUUGAUUCUAUACGGCAGCCAAGAGUUUAACUUGGUUAAGUUCGCCGACCAAUUCUCUACGGGCUCUAGUCUUAUGCCACAAAAACGUAACCCUGACGGUUUGGAGCUCAUAAGAGGUGCAGCUGGUGUUUUACUCGGCGACGCCAUCGCUUUCAGCUGCGUGCUAAAGGGUCUGCCAAGCACUUAUAAUAAAGACUUGCAGUCCGAUAAAGAGAUCAUGUUCAGAUCGUAUGACAAGUUGCUGGAUUGUUUUAAAGUUGUCACUGGAACUAUAACUACAAUGAAGGUUAACGCGGCAAGAGGUGAAGCGUUGUUAGAAUCUGGCAUGCUGGCAACGGACAUGGCACACGCGCUAGUCCGGCGGGGAGUACCGUUCAGACGUGCCCACCAUCUCGUCGGCGCUGUGCUGCAGCGGGCCGCAGAGCUCGCUGUUGACCUUAGAGAAAUGCCCCAUGAAGAAUAUAUAGCUAUUUGCCCUGAAUUUGGAAGUAAAGCGGAUAUUGAGAAGCUGUUCUCUUGGGAAGCGAGCGUAGAACAAUAUGUUAGCACAGGAGGAACUGCAAAAGCAGCAGUAAAGCAGCAAAUAACGCAAUUAAAAGAAUGGUUAAAAUAAUAUGAAGAACCAUUUUGUAAGCCAUAAUAAGAUGAAAUUUUGUU